GAUGCGGUUGAUGAUUGCUUUCAAAGAAAAUAAGGUGUGGAAAGCCAUUGAGUUCGGAACUAAAAGCAGAAGAGAAGGACUACAAGUUGGAGAACUUGACACCGCGAAAGCUAUGGCCAAAUUUGACAAAAUCAAGAUGAAAGACGAAGACACAGUCGAUGUAUUAGCUGUGGAACUUUCAGAAGUUACAUCCAAAGUAGAUUCUCUUGGAGAAACUAUUGAAGAAUCAAAAUUUGUGAGGAAGCUUCUGAAAAUAUUAACUGAGAAAAUAUACAUACGCAACGUUGUGUCUCUCGAACAGAUCCUUGAACUGAAAACAACAAGCCUUGAAGAUAUCAUUGGAAGGCCAAAAGUGUAUAAAGAGAGAAUUAGUGAAGAAGAGGAAGAACAGAAAGAUGAACAGGGAAAAUUAAUGAACGCUAGCAUAGACACGCAAGAGAAUUGCGGUGGUAGCAGAGGAAGAAGAAGAGGAUGUCGCUCUAACUGGAGAGGAAGAAGUCAUGGAAGAUCAGGUAGCUAUCAGAAGGGAUCAUACAAGCAAGGGCGUUAUAAAGAGAGAGAUACUUUACAUAUUCAGUGUUGUCUAUGUGAUGAGCUCAGAUUGCGUAAGUUCCAAGAAGCCACUGAGAAAGAGGACGAAGGUAUUCAAGAAACUAAUGAGUUGAGGAUCCACGAGGUGGUGUAUCUAAACAAGCGAAAGAUGAUGCCAGUUUCUAAAGACGCUGGAUGUCAAGAAGGAAUAAAAGAUGCUCCACUGAUGAUCCACGAUCGUUUAAAACAAUUAUUUGUGAAGACAACAAGGUCCAGAAAUUGCUGGUACAAGGUGACUUUAGAAGUUGAAAAUAUUUCUGGUUUCUUCAUCUCCUCUAUUUUUAAGCAAGAAAAGAAUAAGAACAUGACGGGUGGAGACAUGAUGGAAGAUGAUUGGGAGUUUGCUUCAUCCUCAAACCCUAACCGGAACGUAGUUCUUAUCGGGCGUGCUCGUAACGGAAGGAGCACAAAAGAUAACAUCACCCUUAGAAGGAAAGUGUUCAAGUCCAAAUACCUCUCUAGAGCAGUGACUAAUACAUCUGAGUCACAAAGAUUUGUACGAGAAUGUGGGCAGAACAUCAAUAUCGUUGAUACUCCUGGUCUGUUUGAUUUGUCAAUGACAGCUGAGUUUAUCGCGAAAGAGAUUGUGAGAUGCAUAACUCUUGCUGAAGAUGGAAUCCACGCUGUUCUAUUUGUGUUCACUGUAAGGGGUCGGCCUACAGAUGAAGAGAAAUUUUCUCUGUAUCAGUUGCAAACACUUUUCGGUAGUAAGACCGCUGUCUAUAUGAUCACUGUCCUUACCGGUGGGAAUAUUUUGCAAGACAGUGAUGAGACGUUGGAGGAAUACUUGGGUCAGGAGUGCCCUGAGUUUCUGAAAGAGAUUCUUGAACUAUGUGACAAUCGAAUGAUACUGUUUAAUAACAAGACCAAAGAUAAGCGCAAGAAGGCAGAGCAAGUUGAGAAGCUUAUGUCACUUGUUGAUGGAAAACCGUUUACAGAUGAGUUGUUCCAUGAGUUACAGGAAGAGGCUAUCAAGCUAGGGGAUCAGAAAAAGCAGGUUGAGCGUCUGAAAGGUUAUUCAAAGAGUGAGUUAUUGGACAAGUUCAAGAGAUUCAAAAUACUUGCUGAACAAGAAACGAGAACUACAAUCAUAACGUUACGAACAGAUAGAGUUGGAAAGCUUGUGUCUUAUGAGUUCCAAGCCUACAGUGAUGAACAGAGGAAGAAACCAAACCUUGAGGUGCUUAGAGUCUUUAAUUACAUUAAUUAUGCAAAGACAGAUUCUGCUGGAGCAGAAAGUUGGAGGAAUUCUGGAACUUUUAUCUUGAGAGAGUUCAGCAGUAUUGGUUUAAGGGGAGUCAAAGAUAUUGCAUCAGCAGAAGAAAGUUCUCAAGACACUAGAGUUAUGAGUGAAAACGGGACGAACGAGAAAUUAAACAGAGAGGAAGAAGAGAAUAAUGUCAAUGGUGAUGAACAAGAAUGGUCACAAUCUCAGUUAAGGAGAUCUACGAGAGUAAAUGUGAGACCAGCGUAUCUGGAUGAUUAUGCUCUUACCAUAGAAACAGAGUGUGUUUAUUUUUUAUUGGUAAUAAACAAGGAGUCAUGGAUAGAAGCGUGUAAGGAACGGCCAUUGUGUCAAAAGAAGAAUCUUCUAGUCAUGGUUGUGGAUGACUUGCGCGUAUCUGAAGCUCUACAAGCAGAAGCUAACUGGUAUCACCAGAUUGCAGAGAGAAAACUGAAGGAAGUUGAAAAACGUGAAGAUGAUCUUGCUCGACGUCUUACAUCCUUCAAGCCAGCGGUUUGAUUUUCUCGGGCAAACCACGUUCCCUGGUAUCAAUUAUAUCUUGUUCUUUUUCUAUGGCUGCGCGUGGUGAAUCAUGGAUCUAAAACGGUGAAGACGUGGAUUGGAGUCUUUUUGAUGUGUAUGGUGAAGAAGCUGCCAACACCAAAAAUCUUGUCUUUUGUGAUAAAGCUUUUGACACGUUUUUAAAUGAUAUGUGUUUUUAUGGGUUGACGAAAGAAACAAUG